AUGGCCAAGGGCUUCUACAUUUCCAAGCCCCUGGGCAUCCUGGGCAUCCUUCUCGGGGUAGCCGCUGUGUGCACCAUCGUGGCACUAUCUGUGGUAUAUGCUCAGGAGAAGAACAAGAAUGCAGAGAACUCUAACCCAGGGAACCCCACGUCAGGACCCAUCAGCCCCACCUCAGCCACCACCCCGGCCACCACGUUGGACCCCAGCAAACCGUGGAACGUAUACCGCCUGCCCAAGACAUUGGUGCCUGAUUCCUACAAUGUGACGCUGAGGCCCUACCUUACCCCCAACGACAAGGGCCUGUACAUCUUCAACGGUUCCAGCACUGUCCGCUUCACCUGUAAGGAGGCCACCAAUGUUAUCAUUAUCCACAGCAAGAAACUCAACUACACCGCCCCGCUGACCCUGAAGGGUGUGGGGAGCGCCCAGACCCCUGAAGUUGACACCACGGAGUUGAUUGUGCCCACUGAGUACUUGGUGGUCCACCUGAAGGGCUACCUGGCGGUGGACAGCCAGUAUGAGAUGAGCACCGAGUUUGUGGGCGAGCUGGCGGACGACCUGGCAGGCUUUUACCGAAGCGAGUACAUGGAGGGGGGUGUCAAAAAGGUGGUGGCUACGACCCAGAUGCAAGCCGCAGAUGCCCGGAAAUCCUUCCCCUGCUUUGAUGAGCCAGCCAUGAAGGCCACGUUUAAUAUCACAAUCAUCCACCCCAAGAACCUCACCGCUCUGUCCAACAUGCUGCCCAGAAGUCCCAGUUACCCGCUUAAUGGAGAGCCCGACUGGAAUGUCACUGAGUUCGAUACCACACCCAAAAUGUCCACGUACCUGCUGGCUUACAUUGUCAGUGAGUUCACUGCUGUGGAGAAAAAUACAUCCAGUGGCAUCAAGAUCGGGAUCUGGGCUCGGCCCAAAGCAACCACCGAUGGCCACAGUGACUAUGCCCUGAAUGUGACUGGCCCGAUCCUGGAAUUCUUUGCCCAACAUUAUAACACAAGCUACCCACUGCCAAAAUCCGACCAGAUUGGCCUGCCCGACUUCAACGCGGGUGCCAUGGAGAACUGGGGGCUGGUGACCUACCGGGAGAAUUCCCUCCUGUUCGACCCAUUGUCCUCUUCCAGCAGCAAUAAGGAGCGAGUAGUCACUGUGAUUGCUCACGAGCUGGCCCACCAGUGGUUUGGGAACUUGGUUACUGUGGCCUGGUGGAAUGACUUGUGGCUGAACGAGGGCUUUGCCUCCUACGUGGAGUACCUGGGUGCUGACUACGCAGAACCCAGCUGGAAUCUGAAAGACCUCAUAGUGCUGAAUGAUGUGUAUCGUGUGAUGGCUGUGGAUGCACUGGCCUCCUCACAUCCGCUGUCUUCUCCUGUGGAUGAGAUCAACACACCAGCCCAGAUCAGUGAGCUUUUCGACUCCAUCUCCUACAGCAAGGGAGCUUCAGUCCUCCGGAUGCUCUCCAACUUCCUGUCUGAGGAAAUAUUUAAGAAAGGCCUGGCGUCCUACCUACACACCUUUGCCUACAAGAACACCAACUACCUGGACCUCUGGGAGCACCUGCAGAAGGCUGUAGAUGAGCAGCCAGCACUCCAGAAUCUUCCCGCCUCUGUGCGUACCAUCAUGGAUCGCUGGACCCUGCAGAUGGGCUUUCCUGUCAUCACUGUGGAUACGAGCACAGGAACCAUCAUCCAGGAACACUUCCUCCUUGACCCUGAAUCCAAUGUCACCCGUCCCUCAGAGUUCAAUUACCUGUGGAUUGUGCCCAUCUCGUCUAUCAAAGGCGGUACAGAUCAGAGCAUGUACUGGCUGAAUGGUACCAAGCAAGCCCAGAGUGAGCUGUUCAAAUCAACAAACAAUGAUUGGAUCUUGCUGAACAUCAACGUGACAGGCUACUUCCAGGUGAACUAUGACAUGGAUAACUGGAAGAGGAUUCAAACUCAGCUGCAGACAGAUCCAUUGGUCAUCCCUGUCAUCAAUCGGGCCCAGGUCAUCAAGGACGCCUUCAACCUGGCCAGUGCCCAAAAAGCCCCUGUCACUCUGGCGCUGGACAAUACCCUCUUCCUGAUCCAAGAGAAAGAGUACAUGCCCUGGCAGGCCGCGCUGAGCAGUCUGAGCUACUUCAAGCUCAUGUUCGACCGCUCUGAAGUCUACGGCCCCAUGAAGAACUACCUGAAGAAGCAGGUCACACCCCUCUUCAAUCACUUCAAAAAUGUCACCAAUAACUGGACUCAGCGCCCCGAAAGCCUGAUGGACCAGUACAACGAGAUUAACGCCAUCAGCACUGCCUGCUCCUACGGGGUUCAGGAAUGUGAAGUCCUGGUCUCAGACCUUUUCGCCGAUUGGAUGAAAAAUCCUAAUAACAACCCGAUCCACCCCAACCUGCGGUCCACCGUCUACUGCAACGCCAUUGCUCUGGGUGGAGAGGCACAGUGGGACUUUGCCUGGAGCCAGUUCCAAAAGGCCACAAUCGUGAAUGAGGCUGACAAGCUCCGCUCAGCCCUGGCCUGUAGCAACCAGGUGUGGAUCUUGAACAGGUACCUGAAUUACACCCUGAAUCCUGAUCUCAUCCGAAAGCAGGACGCCACCUCCACUAUCAGCAGCAUUGCCAGCAACGUCAUUGGACAAACGCUGGUCUGGGAUUUUGUCCGGAGCAACUGGAAGAAGCUCUUUCAGGAUUACGGUGGUGGCUCCUUCUCCUUCUCCAACCUCAUCGAGGCAGUUACCCGGCGGUUCUCCACUGAGUAUGAACUGAAGCAGCUGGAGGAGUUCAAGAAGGACAACAUGGAUGUUGGCUUUGGCUCAGGUACUCGGGCUCUGGAGCAAGCCCUGGAGAAGACGAAAGCCAACAUCAAAUGGGUGAAGCAGAACAAGGACUUGGUAUUAAAAUGGUUCACAGACAACGGCAAAUAG